CGCCGUUAUGUUCAGGACUUCCUAAAAUAAAAGACAAUGUUUGGGAAUCAAACGGUGCUCAUACAUAUUAGAAGAAUGAUAGCACAAAUAAACAUCGACCAAUGAGAAGCUCGCUCACUUCGUGUCACUCGUGAUAUCAGUCGGCUCCUAACUGAUAAGAUAAAAUAUAUUGUGAUCCGAAGGUGUACUCCAGUGUCCUUUCUAAUUUUGGUGAAAAUGUACUUCCAAGCGCUAUGCAAAGUGUUAAUGAUAUUAUGCGUCCUAGUUUCGUCGAGCCACGCACUAGAGGCCGACGCGGAAAACGUUCCAUGUGAUAUUACUAUACAAGACUCAUCCAAUCUCACACUAAACUGUUCGCGCCGCAACAUUGAUGAGAUUCCAGAAAAAUGGCCAGAAACAUUGAACAGCGUAGACAAAGAUGGGCAUGUGUUGAUAACGUUUUUCAACAAUACAAUUUCGAACGUGUCGCAAAUACCCGCAGUGCCCGGCAAGAGGGUCGCCAUCAGCUUCAAGUCGAAUGAGAUCGUUGACAUCGAGGACGAUGCAUUCAGCAACAUCGAGAGAUUGGUAUACCUCGAUCUCAGCAACAAUUAUAUCUCUGGUGAAGUGUUAAGGAGUGAGAUAUUCCGAGGAAAAUACCAAUGUACCAACUGCACUCAAUAUGGCGUAUACGGCAGCAUCGCAUUGGAGACGCUCAACUUGGGUCACAACGACAUCCACUCCUUGGACCGGUACUUGUUCCAGUACACGCCGAACUUAACACGACUCUACCUCAACAACAAUCCGAUAGAGAUCCUCGACCAUGUGACACUUCUUGCAUUAGCCAGUGCUAUCAAUUUACAGGUAUUGGAUUUGGCUAAAACCGACAUCAAUAGCAUACCCCUAGACGCGUUUAAAGGGUUAACGAAGCUGCAGCAAAUCGAUUUGUCUGACAACCGGUUCGUGACCGUGCCGGAGAGUCUGAUUCUCGUCGGAAGCUCCCUCAAGUACCUCACGUUCAACAACAAUCCUAUCAACCAGCUCAAUGACGACAGUUUCGUAGGCUUAACGAACUUAAUCGAAUUAGAAGUCGGCGAAAACGAUUAUUUGGAAGAAGUGAAAAGCAGCACGUUCUCCCCACUCAAGAACUUGAGGGUACUUCACCUCUGCCACAACCGAAACCUGCGAUACAUCAGCCAUAAAGCGUUCCUCGGAUUGAAAGACCAAUGGACCUUGAAAGAAGUGUACCUGGAUAACAACUACCUCAGUGAGUUAUCCACAGACUUAAUGCCAUGGAACAAAUUGGAGAUAUUAGGAAUGACUGGCAAUAAUUGGCUUUGCAACUGUGAACUGGCCAAUAUUGUGACAGAUCAGGGAGCAGGGGCUAAAUUCCAGAUUGGAGAAAUUCCUUUCUGUGCUGCCCCUAUGAGGCUCAGUGGAGCAUACAUAACCAACAUUACACUUCCCUACUGCCCAACUUUGAACACAGAACCUAAGAACAUCAGGGUAUUCACUUUAUCUAACCUAAAACCUAAACACAUCUUAUACAGCAUCCUAGGAGUAGCAUUAAUAGCCUGUUUAGGGCAUAGCAUAACAUGGAUAAGCACUGUCAAAGAGCAUGGGUUUGAGCAGUGUAUUUGUGGAGGAGCCGAUGCGAAGGUCCGAGGGCCACCGCAGGAGCGGCGCAGGUGUGAGGCGAGCGCGAGGUGGUCUCCGCCGUCCGCGCUCCUUUGUUAUCAGCGGCCGCGUCGCUGA